GUUUCAUUUGGCAUCAUACGGUUUUUGUCCUUAUUUAAGGAAAUAUUUUGUAAACGUCAAAAUCAACUGUGAUAUUUAAUAAUGUUGUGUCGAAAAUCAGUAAAGCAGUUGUUGUGAAUCGGCAAAAAGAAUAUAAAAACGUAUACGUUUCUUGUUUACAUGAUCUGAUAUGUCAUAAUCAACAACCAUGUGUUGAUAUCUUCAACUUCAAAAUAUCACAUAAAGUCUGAACUUGUUUACACUAGUAACCUAUACACUGCAAGGCAUUUGUGAACAUGGGAUUCCUUGACAAGUUGGCCAAAUUUCUUGGCCUCAGAAACGAAGAGGCAAACAUCCUUGUUGUUGGGCUAGACAAUAGUGGUAAAACAACCAUACUGAAUCAAUUAAAGAGUGAAGAUACUCGUGCUAUGGACAUUGUACCCACUAUUGGCUUUUCCGUUGAGAAGUUCAAAUCAAAGUCAUUGACUAUUACAGCUUUUGAUAUGUCAGGACAAGGUCGCUACCGUACGCUCUGGGAGCAGUAUUACAGAGAUUGCCAAGGCAUCAUAUUUGUGGUAGACAGCAGUGACAAGAUACGGAUGGUGGUUGCACGAGAUGAAUUGGACAGUCUUAUAAAACAUCCAGAACUUGCAAUCAAACGGGUUCCUGUUCUCUUCUUUGCCAACAAGAUGGAUCUAAGAGAUGCAGUAUCCAGUGUCAAGGUUUCCAGUUUAAUGGGUCUAGAAGAUAUCCGUGACAAGCCCUGGCAUAUAUGUGCUAGUAAUGGACUAACUGGUGAAGGUUUACAUGAAGGCAUAGAGUGGCUAACAGAGCAGUUGAAAAGCAGCAUAGCCGCCAAGAAGAGAAAAUAAUCCAUAUGUAAACUGACAUUAGUGUUAGAUCAUGAUGGGAAAGUUGAUUUGUUAGAUAAAUAUUAAAUACAGUGGCGGAGUGUAAAAUGUAUUUUCAUUUACACAUAAAACAUAUCAUAUUAAAUUUGUUUAAUGCCUUGUCACAAAAUAACUUCUUAAGUGUCAUCUUCAUUCUUUUAACAGGUUUAGUUUUUUAACAUUAGUAUUUUUCAAUUAAUGCAAUACCUGAGAAUCGAGCACAUGCAUAAAUCAUAUCUAAAUUUAAUUUUUACUCAGUGGUUGAAAUCCUACUUGUAAAGCUUACAUCAUGUAAAUUUGGGAAGUAUAGAAUCAGUACAUUGCUGUAAAAUUGAACUGAACCUCGCACAAGAUUUGAAUUAGAGUGGUUACCCCCAAGAAAGCCAUUACUUAAUUGUUUCAUUAAAUCUUUCUUGUUAAAACAUUCGCACACUCUCAGAGGUGUUUGAAAGACCUACUUAUAAGUAUAUUAUGGUGAUGAAUCCUAAAUUAUAUACCAGAUGUCUGGUCUUCUGGAUGUCAAAGAUUUUAACUUUUCCAUCUGUAUUAUUGGAAUUAUUCAAAUAUAAACUUAGAAAAAUGUAUGAAUCUACCCUUUUUUCCCUUUGUGAUGAAUCAUUUUGAGUAUUAGUAGAAUACAUUGACCAGCCAGCAUCCUGUUGAUGUUGUAACUUGCAUGGUUGUUAAUAAUUAUGGAUGUUCUUGUGGAAAUUAUUCCUAGUAAGUGUUGAAUUUCAAUUAAACUGUAUAAUAGAA